CAGCAGCAGCAGCAGCUUGUGCGCUGCAACCCAUGGGCUGGGCCUGCCCGCCCGCCCUCGCGUCUGCUUGUGGACGUCGAGCGAGAGAGACCGAGACCGAGACCGAGACGGAGAGAGAUGAGAGGAGGAGAGAGCGGAGGAAUGGCGGAUGUGUUCGUGUGUGAAGUCCACAAUCUCGGGAGGACGGACGCACAGCGCUCGUGGGGGACUGGAGCGCAGGUCUGACCUGGAUUUGGCCUGGCUCGCUCGCUGGGCAGGCAGGCAGGCAGGCAGGCAGGCGGCUCCAGAAAGAGGGAGGCAGGAAGGGAGGGAGGGAGGACGAGAGAGAGAGAGAGAGAGAGAGAGAGAGAGAACCUGAAAAGUAAAAAUAGAAGAGCGGAACGAAUUUGCGAUCUGCUGUCUGUGGUGGUGUGAGGGCCUGGGCCACCGAGCGGUUUGUUUGUCUGUCUGUCUGUCUGUCUGUCUGAGUGCGUUUUCCCUUCAUGUCUCGGAGUUCCUAUCCCUCAGCGCGGGCUGGAAUUCGCUCUGCUGCCUUUUGUGGCUUUGCCGUUGGGGCCCCAGUCGGAGUCGGAGUGUCGCCGGGGAAAGCCCCAAGGAGCCCCAGGAUGAAGUUGAAUAGGAGGAUUAUGGUCUGUAAACAAGCAAUGCAUUUUGAUAAUAUCAACUCCGCCCACUCGAUUUCGAGCGCUUUCCUGUCGUGCAUGCAUGCUUGUCAUUCUGUCUGAGAGUCGAGUCCAAUUUCAGCUCCGUGGUGUGCCUCUCAUGGACUAUGGUUUCCAAUUCUUUUUCACUGCUGCCAUCUUUUAGUGGGUCUGGAUUGGCUCCCAUUUCUCCGCGGAGAGGCGCGAACGGCUCUGGGGAAAUUCAGGCUUUCUGUCCAGGAAGCGAAUUUCCUCGUGGAUUUUCGGCGAACCACUCGGUUGACGUCAAUGCAGAAAUUCGGAAAUCUCUCUCCAUCUCCAAGAGCUGCACAGUGUUUAGGUUGAUUUCCGUCGGGGGAACACUAGAAUCGGUCGGCAGCGUGCAGGGCAUUUGUAGAAUUCUCCGUGCCCUCCCCCACCCCCCUCGCGCCACGCUACGUAAAUUGUGAGUGUUUGUUGCAGUCAAAGAUUGUAAAUUUCAUUCGUUAACAUGUCUUGUUGCGGUUGAUACCAUAACUUCCUCCGUAGACGAUUAUUCCCAGUCUUCUCCACACCUUUUCAUCUUGGCCAGCCUUUCGGUGGAGCUCGAGCGCUGGUGAGGCCUUUUUUCAUCGGCGCCCUGCCUGCAUGACCCCUUCCACUAGGCCUCAGCGACACAAGCAAAGAAGUGCGUUCUAGAACGCAUUCGGAUGGAUGUAUGUCAACUUCGCACCUGGUGGACUAGUCCUUUGCAGCAAUUUUUGGAAGAAUAGUCAACGGAUCAGUUGUUUCGACUCCGGAGAAUGGUAUCUACUGCGGAGACCGUGUGCUGAACUCUCCAGCAAAAUUCGUCUCGUUCGAAACCCCAGUUGGAACCUGCGAGUUCCCCUUGCUUCGAGCAUUGUCGAAGUCCGCCGAGAUCUUUCAAAGGCAGUCGAUUCAGGUGGACGUAUCCGUCGACUAAACCGAUGAUGAGCGGAACAAGGUUGAGGAUGGCGAUUUGAAUUUUUGUCGAGAUCAUGGAGUACAGAUCCGGCCUUGUAUGAAUCGUGAUCCACGUUAUUUGGUUUUGAUUAAACUUCUUCAAUGUCCUGUGUGGACGUGAUCUUCUGGACGAAAUUUGCAGUGAUAGCGCUAGCCACUUUUAGCUCAUCAGCUACGAGGUGGCACCUCACGGCAGAUUGCAACAAGAUGUAAUCAAUUCGUCCAUUGUUAAUCAGAGGAGAUAGAAAGAAAGCUGAAGGGGUGUUCUCGGAAAGUGAACAGCCGCUGUGAUCUGCUGAAGUGAGUCACUGAUGCAGCUCACAGUGUGCUAUUGGCAUGAUGAUGUUUUCUAAUUUGACAGUGAUGUACCAAGGACACAUAGUACUCCUUAGAGAAACAAACGAAGGGUGCGGAACAAUUGCUGAGUACGCCUGUUGAGUUAAGGCGUAUGAUAUCAGCUUGAUUUGAACAGAAACGCUGAAAUCACUGCCUUCGUUUGGCAUCUUCAUCGCAACCGCGCUUUGUGGCAUCCGCCAGAGCAUCAUUGAUCUCUCUCAUAAUGGUUCACAUAACAGAAAUGCGCAUACCGCUGCCAAUUACAGUCGAGGAAUUCAAGAGAGGCCAACGAUACGGAAACUGGAAGACCAAUGAGGCGAACACAACCGAGGGCCAAGGGGGGCAGCUGGUUUCAACGUCACCUUACGUCAGUGAGGUGUACGGGGAGGGCAUUUUCACACACAGCCUCUAUAGGCUUGGAGACCGUCUACCUGAUUGGGUGACAAAGCUGGUCCCUUCAAGUGCCCUAGUGAUCGAUGAGAAAACAUGGAUGGCAUACCCACACAUUCGUUCUGUACUUACGGUUCCAUUCUUUCACAAGCUGAAAAUAGAGAUGAUUACCCUGCAUGAGAAUGAUGAUGGUUCAACGGAGAACAUUCAUGGGCUUAGUGAAGCCGAAUUAGCGAUUCGGAAAGUCGAUAUGGUGGACAUUGCUAUGGACAAGGUCGCCAAAAGAGAUUAUCAGGAAAAGCUUGAUCCUCAGCUUUUUAGCUCCACUAAAACUGGAUUAGGACCACUUCGAAGUGGUUGGCAGAAUAAUGCAGAGAAUAUGAUGUGUGCAUACAAGCUGGUGAGAGUGGAGGCCAAUUAUUGGGGAGUACAGAAUCGACUGGAGAAACUCAUGCUCAAUGGGGUUCGGCAGAUUAUUCUGCUCACCCAUCGAAAUGCCUUUUGCUACAUCGAUGAAUGGUAUGAUCUCACUUAUGACGAGAUAUGUGCACGGGAAGAAGAGGGCAGGAAAAGGCUGAAAGAAGUUGUCAAGCAACCUCCUAUCAUUGAUCCAAACACAGGAAUGGAAUUUGUCAUCGAGACAGAUGACGAAUACGUGAAGGCCACUGAUGAAAGUGAAAACAGCGAUGCGGAUGUGGAAUUCUUUGAAGCAACGAUGGAGUGGGUAACCCAGGAAGCCGAAGAGUUUGGUGACAGCCUCACAACCGAAGUAUCCAGGGAACCUCCCAGCUUGCAGAUUAUAACUGCAUCCGACAGCUGUGCAGUAUGCCAAGCAAGGACCAAUACGUGCAAAAUGGCAGAUAUUUUAUGUCAAACUUGCAACGAAUAUUUCUGCCAGGAUUGUUUUACCGAGUUUCAUGUUACCCCUCGCCUGCGGCAGCAUGCGAGACGAUAUGCUACCGUUUCAAGUCCUCCAACCUUACCACCAAGUCCCUUUCCCAAGACACCAAUUACAUCAAUUUUAGAAGAAAGAGAUGUGGAGGACGACUCAAUAUGUUCUCAGGCGAGUGCAGCAGCGGUAACAAAACAGGUUACAGAGCAGACAUCGAGAUCACAAUUAAGCAGGAUGAAUAGCAGAGCCUCACAUAAUCGGGGUCCGUCGUGGUUGGAGGAGCUCAAUAGUUCCUUCGAAGACAUCCACGUAGCAUCAGCACCUCUAUCUAAAGUGAGGAGUAAAUCAAGCUACAGAAUACUGAAUUCUUUGCCGGAUUAUUCAUUGGAGAAUAGCCAGGAGUUUACAACGAUUCCCAUGAAAUUGGUGGGUGGAUUUACACAUGGAUCAGCUCGGAGAAAGUUGAGCGUUCGUCCGAAUGAACUGUCAGAGGAGAUGGUCCGUUCAAUUUCGUUGCUCUACCACCGGUAUGCAGAGACUCAGUCAUACUCUGCUCCUGCCAUCACCUCAAGGCAGUGUCUACCGUAUGUCAGGAGAAGGAGUCGGAGUUUCUCGUCUGCUGUGGAUGUGCAAGAGUCUGAAGAUAAUCUUCACAGCUGCAUGGACCAACGUGUGCAUGAUCCAUACGGUAUGCGAGAGUCAUGGGAUAUCGGUAAUUACUCAAGAUGUGUUGAGGUUAACUUUGCACCUGAAGAGGAGAAAUUGAAAGAAUACGAGGCUAUCUAUAGACAUUUCAGGGGUCUCGUGGAAAGCCUGCAGCACGUCGAUCCUCGUGACAUGGCCCAUGAACAGCGUCUGGCAUUCUGGAUAAACGUGUACAACACUCUCAUGAUGCAUGCGUAUAUGGUGCGUGGAAUACCAUGGAGCCACUACAAGCGGAUUACUAUUAUGCAUAAGUCAGCGUACAUCGUUGGGGGACAUCUUUUCAGCGCUCUGGCCAUCGAGCACGCUAUAUUGCGCGCUUGCUCGUAUCGGCCUGCUUUGGCCAGCCUCCUACCGGUCCAAAAGUACAAAAAACACGACGCUCGUCAAGCUUACGCUCUCGAUCGUCCUGAACCUCUCGUCAGCUUUGCUCUCUGCUGCGGUAGUCAUUCUUCACCCAUGGUCAGAACGUACACGGCGAAACACGUUCGCACAGAGCUGCAGGAGGCGUGCAGAGACUACCUGUCGGCGCACAUCGGGUUCACUCGGCACAGGAGGGUCAUAAUUCCGAAGAUUCUGCAGUGGUACGCCCGAGACUUCUCGCACAGCGCCAAAUCACUGCUCGAGUGGGUGGCCGUGCAGCUGCCGGUCGACAAACGCGCGGUGGUGGAAGAGUGCCUCGAGAAGAAGAAAGGCAAGAAAAGGCUGGCAGUUGUAACGUAUAAUUGGAGUUUCAGGUACCUUUUUGAGAAGAUCGCGCCCGCGGGCACUUGUUCCAUAUAAUUGGACGUCUAAUAGGUAACUCUUCUGACGAUGCGUAGAUCGUCGGAAGCAUAAUUUUUGGUAUCUGUGUAUGAUAAGGAAAAGCCAUGACUGACGAUUGAAAUAUCUGCUCCCAGGGGCCCCGGCCGCGUGUCGGGCCUCGGAGCUUUAUUUAUUGUUAGAAUCAAAAGUUAGGAAGAAAUUCUUCGAUCAUCAUCGACAUAUCAUCAAUCUGCCAGGUUCCACUUCAAUCGAAACGUCACAUGCGCCGUACAGCAGAAGGUACACGGCAUCUCUGCAAUUCUUAUCGGCACUGUCACCCUCGAGGGGAGACGAUGUGCCUCCCACACUCAUAUAUGCUUUUGCCCGUUCCCUCCGCGAGGCUGAUCGGUCAGUGUCCCCAUUGGACUUAAAGAGGAUAAAGAGAAUUUUCUGGCUCCAUCUCAUUUUGUCACGGACCAGGUUUGUGCUUUAUCUUUUGUUCAUGAAUGUUUGCUUGCUUUUUAGACUAUUACGCUCACGUAGGUUCUGAGCAGCGGGAGAGUUUGUGUUCUUUUGGUGUGGUUUUCAUCACCAUCUGGAAACGAAAAGCUGGCUCAUCCUCGGACCAGUACGCAACCUUGUUCAUGUUCAUAUUACUCUUCCUAUUCACAAUUUGGAGGCAGUACAGUCUGUUCCUUGUGCGGCUCGACAAUCACUUCAAUUGUUCGCGCUAUCUGUUGAUAAGUACUGUGUUAAUUGUGGACAAUGGCCGUGCUUGGAGACUUGUACAUUCUGAUACAUUCUUAGGGCUUCAGUACCGAUCUUUGUAACAGUGCAGACUGUAUGGCAUUCGAGUUCGCAAUAAGUGUAGGCAGCAAAACGAUGGAAGAACUCGGAGCGAUGAAUUCAAUCCUUUAACAUGUGCUAUGCUCCAGUAACAUCAUAAUAUGGUA